AACAACUGCAAACACGAUUCCAGCUGCCUGCUGGAUGGUGCUGCACGCUCUUCUGGACCCAACUCUUACGUCCAGGUUAAGACACGAGUCAGGCAUUAGAGAUAACAGCGAGGAAACAUUACUAGACUGCACGGCAUUAUCAUCGGCCCCGCUGCUAAACUCAGUCUGCCGAGAAACAUUACGACUUCACGUUGCCGGCGCUAUCGGUCGCAAAUCGGUCGGUGCCGGUCUCCGUCUCCACGGAGAUUCCCUCUCCACUUUACCAUCGGGGACCACCGCCUUAUCAGCAAACUGGCUCGGUGGCCUCGACGGAGCCAUCUGGAACACGGGCCGGACCAUCAACGGGGUCGUGGAGCACUCUCUCGAGUCCUUCUGGGCAGAGCGGUUCCUCGAGUACCCCGAUGAUCCGACAAGCGGCCCUCUUCGGAAACCUGACCCGGUUAGGCACAACUACAAUGUAUCGGAGAAGUACGUGCGCGAUGAUUCCAAAGCCAAACUGUCGAAUCCAUCAGCGUUGCGAGGACACUUUUUCCCCUUUGGAGGAGGCGCUUGGAGAUGUCCGGGCGAGACUUUGGCGAAGAACACCAUUCUCGUCUCCGUUUUUCUCAUUUUAAGAGACUUUGACGUGGAGAUUCUGGACCCGGCGGAUGCGGCCAAGGCCCGGUCACAUCAUCGAGCUAUGCCCUUUGGAUCGCAUGCAUUUGAUAGAGAGGUACCGGCGAAGAUUCGCCCGCGAUGUUGA